AUGAGGUAUUUAGAAUCACUCAUCUUUAGGCAAACAGAACAAUAAGCUAAUGCAUUAAACAGAGAAUUCAAAACUAGUUUACAUAAAAUCAAAUAGGAAUUAAAGGAAUAAUUACCAGAAGAAAUUACUUAAAAUCCUCAUUUAUAACUCUAAUUAAAGGAUUACAGGAAAUCAAAUAGUAAUUAAUAAGCAAAUACCAUUUAUGGAUCUGACACUCUUGUUAGUUUAAUUUAAGAAAGAAACAGAUUAAAAGAAAGCAAAAUGUAAAAGGAUAGAUUAAAUGAUUUUACAAGGAAACUUUGA